GAGCAUGGGCUCCCUGAGAACCUAUAAAAGGCCGACCCGAGAUGGUGGCGGGCGGCGGGGUUUCAACGAUGAGAAGAGGCGGCAGAAGAGGAGGAAAAUCUCACCAAAAGAAUGUCGACGAAAAUUGGACUUUCAGACCGCUUCAUGAUCACAACAUCCAUCAAGAGAUUCUAUCCGAUCCAAUAUCAUCAACAGAACCUUCCACCUCUUCAUCUGCAAAACCCAUCUCAGAUUUCAUUCGUAAAACCCCUAAAUCACCUCGGAACCCUAGAAGCUCCAGGUGGGUAUCAAGGAAUCGAGGUUCUGGAACUCAAUUUGAGAACAAAUCUGAACUCGGGUCAUUGAAUUUUCACCCACAACAAGGGAAAGAUGAUGGUGAUAGAGAUGGAAAUAAAGGCAAAGCAGAGUCUUUACAAGACGAGAAAGAACAGAAUAAGAAGAAGGAAUCCAGUGAGGGAUUUGGUGCAAAUAAGGAUGAUGUUCAAGAAGAUGACGAAGAUGAUGUGGUGAAAAGGUUAGAAAGGUUGAGAUUGUUUGGUGAAGAACCUGAUUUAUCAGAGGAAUUACUGAGUAUUAAUGAUCAAUUACAGGAGGAUGAGAUACUGGCUAUGGAAUCUAUCUAUGGAGAGAACAUAUUCAUCCUUGACAAGCAAAGUGGGCUGCGAUCUUUUCAGAUUCAUGUCUACAUUGAAACUCCUGAAGAACUAACAAUCUCCACAAAACUGAAUUCCAACAAUUCAGAAGAUUUUUCUUACUCAUUUGAAGUCCAAUAUCUUCCCCCAAUUGUUCUAACAUGCUUAUUACCCAAAUCAUACCCUACACAUCUCCCUCCAUAUUUCACAAUCUCCACACAAUGGUUAAACUCUUCAAAAAUUUCCAGUUUGUGUUCUAUUUUGGAUUCAAUAUGGAAAGAACAAGAAGGGCAGGAAGUUAUCUACUCAUGGGCUGAAUGGUUGCAUAGUUCAGCUCUUUCUCAUCUUGGUUUUAACAAAGAAAUCAUUCUUGGCCCAUAUGGUGUCCAAUACAACAAUGAUCCAAGGGCAAUUUCGGGAUGUGUCUCUCCAGAUGUCGAUAUUCCUUCAUUGAAGAGUUACAAUGAUAAUCAAAGAGUUGAAGAUUUUCGUAAAAACUUUCAUGAAUGUUGCAUCUGCUUUAGCGAAUUUGCUGGUACCGAGUUUAUAAGAUUGCCAUGUCAGCAUUUCUUUUGUGAAAAAUGCAUGAAAACAUACGCGAACAUUCAUAUACAAGAAGGCACAGUAACCAAGCUUUCUUGCCCUACUACAAAAUGUGGAGGGAUGAUUCCACCUGGCCUUUUAAAGCGUUUACUUGGUGAUGAACAAUUUGAAAAAUGGGAAUCACUUACAUUACAAAAAACACUCGAAUCAAUGUCUGAUGUGGUCUAUUGUCCAAGAUGUGAAACACCUUGCAUAGAAGAUGAAGAUCAACAUGCUCAAUGCUCCAAAUGCUUCUUUAGCUUUUGCACUCUUUGUAGGGAGAAACGCCAUGUUGGCAUCACAUGUCUUACACCCGAAAUGAAGCUCCGAAUCUUGCAGGAGAGACAAAGCUCGUGUCAAAUGAAAGAUGAUCAAAGGAAACGUGAACAGGAAAUGAUUCAGGAGCUUAUGAGCGUGAAGGAAAUACUUCGUGAUGCAAAACAAUGUCCGGGGUGUAAAAUGGCAAUUUCAAAAACUGAAGGGUGUAAUAAAAUGGUGUGUCAAAAUUGUGGCAAGUAUUUUUGUUAUCGAUGUAAUAAGGCCAUUGAUGGAUAUGAUCAUUUCAGGGGUGGAGCUUGUGAGCUUUUCCCUCAAGAAGAAAUUAGACAAUGGGAAGAACAGAUGAAUCCACGACAAGUGAUGGGGCAAAUUCAAGCUGAACUUUUUGGUGAUCGUGGACAUUCUUGCCCUCAAUGUGGUCAGAUUAAUGGGAAAGUUGGGAAUAAUAAUCACAUAUGUUGUUGGUCAUGCCAAGGGCAUUACUGUUAUCUGUGCAGAAAGGUGGUGAGACGCAGCUCACAACACUUUGGGCCAAAGGGUUGCAAACAACAUACAGUAGGAUAGCAUAUUAUUUUCUCAAAUAAUAAAUUGGUCAUAAUCAUCUAUUGUCUGUGUUUUCUGAAAAUUUUGUCUGUUAAUUUCUCAUAUGUUCUACACAA